CCAGUUGAUGCUAUGCUUCUACUUAUAAAUUGAAUGCGUUGGGUUCUGUAUAAAUAAGUUGAUGCUGACACUUCAUUGAAAGCAAUCCAAAAUCUUCUGCGUAGUCGCCUGAUUUUAUUGUUUUGGUAUAAAUAAAUAACACAAUGGCCGGUUUGCCACCUACCUUUGUCAAAGGUUUUCAUGAUGAAGAAGUCGUACGGAAAAUGAACUACACCCAACUUGGUAAAACCGAUUUGUUUGUGUCCAGGCUGUCAAUUGGCGGUGGAACUCUUGCCCCUUAUUACGGAAAUGACAGUGAAGAGGAGGCGAUUCGCGCGUUCCACUAUGCUCUCAAAUCGGGUGUAAAUUAUAUCGACACAGCUCCAUAUUAUGGCCAGGGACGAUCGGAAAAAAUCAUUGGAAAAGCACUCAAAGGCAUUCCACGUGAAGCAUAUUACAUUGCAACAAAAGUUGCUCGUUACAAUAUGGGCGACACGGUUGAUGCGCAAUUUGAUUUUUCAGCGAAGAAAACCAAAGAAUCAAUUGAUCAAAGUUUAAGCUAUUUAGGCUUGGAUUCAGUUGACAUAAUACAGAUUCACGACGUUGAAUUCGCCGACAAUUUAGAUAUUGUUGUUAAUGAAACACUGCCAGCUGUUGAGGAGGCACGAAAACAAGGAAAAACACGUUACAUCGGCUACAGUGGAUAUCCACUUCAACCACUCAAAGAACUUAUUCUAAAAGCACCUGGUCGAUUUGAUACGGUUUUGUGCUACUCCCGAUACACGUUGCUUGACGAUUCUUUACUGGAAUACGUUCCAUUCUUUCUGGAACAAGGUUUGGGAUUGAUUUGUGCUGCUAGUGUUGCAAUGGGCCUACUCACAAACGAUGGUCCACGUCCAUGGCACGUAGCACCCGAUGAAAUAAAAAAACAGGCUCGUUUGUGCAGUGAUUACUGCAUAUCGCAAGGAGUCGAAUUGGGAAAAUUGGCCAUGUCGUAUGCAGCCGAACUAAAGGGGCCUGCAACAUUUUUGGUCGGAAUGGCAACUAUAGAUAUUGUCGAUAUUAAUUUGGACUCUUUCUGGAAUGGCUUGACUCCAAAGGAAAAGGAAGUAUUGGACUACUGUUUGAAAAAUUUUUGCGUCAAGAAAGGCCAAUGGGAAGGUUUAGAAUUGGCAAAACUCAGGGCCGCCAGAAAAUAGUAUCAUAAUAUAAAUGUAAUCUU